AUGGAUAAAUGCAAGCCUCUGUCCACUCCAUGUCCAUCCUCUACUUCCACAGUCAAGUCUUCUUCCAUUGGUGAACCAUCACAUUAUCAGAGCAUUGUUGGAGCUCUACAAUACUUGAGCAUUACUCGCUCAGACAUCUCCUUUGCUGUGAACUCCGCUUGCCGAGCAAUGCACAAUCCACAAUCAGCUGACUGGUAAUCACUGAAGCAUCUUCUGUGCUAUUUGAAGGGCACCCUCACUUAUGGGCUAUUACUACGUCAGGAACCACUUCUCUCCCUCUCAGCAUUCAGUGAUGUCGAUUGGGCUGGGUGCUCAGAGGAUCAAUGUUCCACCGACAGUUUCCUCAUACCUUGGACCCAACUUGAUAUCUUGGAGCUCCAAGAAACAACUGACAGUGGCAAGGUCAAGUACUAAAGCAGAGUAUAAAGCUCUAGCCAAUCCCACAGCUGAACUCACUUGGCUACGUUCGCUUCUUUGGGAACUGAGAAUUAUUACUCCACCACCUAUACUCUGGUGUGAUAACAUCAGGGCCAAGUAUCUAGUGGCAAAUUCAGUCUUUCACGCCAGAAUGAAACACAUCGAAAGAGAUUUCACUUCAUUCGUGAGCAGGUCUCUUCGUGGCAGCUACACAUCGGCUUUGUCUCUAGUCAAGAUCAAACGGCGGAUCUGCUCACCAAGCUGCUGUCCGAAAAUCAUUUUCUUCUUCUUUGGUUCAAGCUCAAUGUCGUACCAGCACUUCACUUGUAGGUGGGUGUUGAGGCAUUCUUGA